CCUGUAGUCAGUGAGUGUGUUUGUGUGUGUGAGCUGUGAACGCUCCACCAAUGACCAGCUGAAAACGCCCCACUGCUCCGACUCAGACCUGCGGGGGUGGGGAGCGCACAAAGUUUGGAUCGGGACUUUUGAGAACCAUGGGAUUCGAGCUGGACCGAUUUAAGGAGACCGUGGACCCGGAUUUCAAAUGCAACCUGUGCAAUAAAGUCCUGGAGGACCCACUAACGACUCCGUGUGGCCACGUCUUCUGCUCCGGCUGCGUGUUGCCGUGGGUCGUCCAGCAGAGCAGCUGCCCCGUCAAAUGUCAGCGGAUCUCCACCAAAGAGCUGAACCACGUCCUGCCGCUGAAGAACCUCAUCCUGAAGCUGGAGAUCAAAUGUGACAACCACGCGCGGGGCUGCGAUGCCGUGGUGAAGUUGCAGCAUCUGGCCGAGCACGCAGAGAUGUGCGAGUACUCCCCGGCCAAGUGCCGCAACCGAGGAUGCAGCGAGGUGCUUAGCCUGCGGGACAUGGAUGCUCAUGUGCGGGAUACGUGCGACCACAGGCCGGUGGGGAUCUGCGAGAGCGGCUGCGGCUUGAUGCUCAGCCACAAGGAGCAAAAGUCCAAUGGCCACUGCUGCGUGAGAGCGCUGAAGGCGCACAACAGCGCGCUGCACUACAAGAUCCUGACCCUGGACAGAGAGCUGAAGACGCAGACCAUUAAAGCCAACAAGAGGGAGAAGUCGCUGCUGGCGCAGCUUUCCGCCGUGCACAGUGAGCUGCAGAUGACUGCGCUGAAAUAUCAGAAGAAAUUCACUGAAUACAGCGAGAGGAUCGACUCUCUCACCAAAAGUGUGGCUAUCUCGUGCAAGGAAGGUGAGACUAAAAGCACGACGGUUGUCCUUCUCCGCGAGGGUGGAUCUCUGGGUUUUAACAUCGUAGGAGGAAGGCCAUGCGUGGAUGAUAAUGACGGCACUUCAAAUGAAGGGAUCUACGUAUCCAAGAUCGUUGAAAGCGGUCCAGCAGACAAAGAAGGUGGCCUUCAAAUCCAGGACAGAAUAAUAGAGGUUAAUGGCAAAGACUUGUCCAAGGCCACACACGACCAGGCAGUGGAGGCCUUCCGCACCGCCAAGGAGCCCAUCAUGGUCCAGGUCCUGCGCCGGGCUCCUCUCCCCAAACUGGUCAGCCCCACCGCUGACACCCAGGUGUCGGACACCAGCACUCAGACCGACAUCACCCUCCAGCACAUUAUGGCACUCACCAAGCUGCCCCCUGCUUCGCCCCCCAUGACGGAGCUGGAGGAGUAUCUGCUUACAGAUGAGAAUCCUCCGGGACAUGCGUACUUUGACCCAAAUGACUUCCUGGAGGGAAUACAGCAGGACAUAGAACGCGAGGAGCUGGAAUAUGAGGAGGUGGAUUUGUACCGAGCAAAUAUCCAGGACAAGCUCGGCCUGACCAUCUGUUAUAGGACUGAUGAUGAAGAUGAAGCUGGGAUCUACAUCAGUGAGGUUGAUCCAAACAGCAUUGCUGCAAAGGACGGCAGGAUUAGAGAAGGGGACAAAAUCAUCCAGAUCAACGGUGUUGAGAUCCAGAAUAGAGAGGAUGCUGUAGUACUGCUGACCAGUGAGAGCAACCAGAAUAUCUCCCUCCUGGUGGCCAGACCAGAGAUGCAGCUGGAUGAAGGUUGGAUGGAUGACGACAGGAACGACUUCCUGGAUGACCUCCACAUGGACAUGCUGGAGCAGCAGCACCAUCAGGCCAUGCAGUUCACUGCCAGCAUGCUUCAGCAGAAGAAGCACGAAGAGGACGGAGGCACCACCGACACAGCCACGCUGCUGUCCAACCACCACGAGAAGGAUAGCGGAGUCGGCCGCACGGAUGAGAGCACACGGAAUGACGAGAGCUCAGAGCAGGAGAACGUUGGUGAUGACCAGACCACAGCCUCCAACACGCUGGGUAGCUGCAGAAAGCUGACCUACAGCCAGGACACGCUCGGCAGCACCGACCUGCCCUUUAGCAGUGAGUCAUUCAUCUCUGCAGACUACACCGACACAGACUUUCUGGGCAUCCCGGCCGACGACUGUGAGCGCUUCAGGGAACUCCUGGAGCUGAAGUGCCAGAUGAGGAGCAGCGCAGCUCAGGGUCUUUUCUACCAGAGCGGAGGAGCGGGAGGUCAAGACCAAGAGAUCGUGGAUAAGGAGCUGGAGCUGCUCAACGAGGAGUUGCGCACCAUCGAGCUUGAGUGCCUCAAUAUCGUCCGCGCUCACAAGAUGCAGCAACUGCGGGAGCAGUGCCGGGAGUCCUGGAUGCUCCAGGACAGCGGCUUCCGCAACUACAACACGAGCAUCGAUGCUCGCCGCCAUGAGCUCUCAGACAUCACGGAGCUUCCAGAGAAAUCAGACAAAGACAGCUCCAGUGCUUAUAACACUGGUGAGAGCUGCCGCAGCACCCCACUGACACUUGAGCUGUCUCCAGACAACUCGCUCCGUCGAGGAGCAGAGAACCAGGGUCAGGCUGGAGCAUCCAGCUCCAACAGCAGGAUCCCCAAGCCCCUCCUGUCUCCUGUGCAGGAAGUCAGCGGCCCCAGCCGGAGCAGAGGCUCCUCCAAGGAUCAAGAUGGUGCACUACAGGCAGAAAGCAAAGAGAGGAAGUCGGGAGAGUCCAGCAAGUCUGGUCGGAGCUGCUCCCAUCCACAUUCACCUUAUAAACACGCUCACAUCCCCGCUCAUGCCCAGCACUACCAGAGCUACAUGCAGCUGAUCCAGCAGAAGUCAGCAGUGGAGUACGCCCAGAGCCAGAUGAGUCUGGUCAGCAUGUGCCGGGACCCCAUCUCCCCAGGUGACCUGGAACCCAAGAUGGAGUGGAAGGUGAAGAUCCGCAGCGACGGCACACGCUACAUCACCAAGCGCCCCGUCAGAGACAAGCUGCUGAGGGAGCGCGCCUUGCGGAUUCACGAGGAGCGCAGCGGGAUGACCACAGACGACGACGCCAUAAGCGAGCUGAAGAUGGGCCGCUACUGGAGCAAGGAGGAGAGGAAACAGCACGCCGUCCGUGCCAAGGAGCAGAGACAGCGGCGCGAGUUCAUGAAGCAGAGCCGGGCCGACUGUCUGAGAGACCAGAGUGGUGCCGAGGAUAAAAAGGAGCCCAACAUCAUUGAACUCAGCCACAAAAAGAUGAUGAAAAAGAGGAAUAAGAAAAUAUUUGACAACUGGAUGACGAUCCAGGAACUGCUGACCCACGGUACCAAGUCGCCAGAUGGCACCAGGGUUUACAACUCAAUCCUGUCUGUGACCACAGUCUAAGUCCUAGUUUGAGUUCAGCGACGGGGCAAAUACAGAGGAGGACAGUACUGACUGUACAUAGAACGCUACCAGUUUGGGGUAGAGAUUCCUGCCUCGUUCAAUGUGGCAACAUUUUGUAAAUAAGAAAUAAGGAAAGCAUUUUCUGGACGUUUUCCACCCUUGCGGUGAAGAGAAGGUCCUGUAGAUGAUGGUUCGACGUGGUGACAUUUACUCCACAUGGCUACGAGGAUGAUUUUUGGAAGCAUUUUUUUUUUUUUCUCGGAUUCUCUCAAUAAUUUUUUUCUACCUUUGUGCUUGCUCUUUUGCAUAAGUUUGGACAUAAAAACACAAUAUUUGGCUUUUUUGGAAGUUUUCAGAAGUGUGUAAAAAAAAAAAACUGUCUUCCAGAGACAGAAACAACCAGCAUUUACACUAUUUUACAUUAUUUUUGUUUGUACUAUAUAUCUCUUAUCAGUAUUUUACUGUUAUGCAUACGUAAGGCUUUUAUGGAGACAAUACUAUUUUCCUGAAGGUAGAAUACAUGAUCCUUUUUAAAAGGACUUUUGUAAAUUAAAAAAAUAAAAUAAAAUUUUGUAACAAAUCCACUUUUUUUAGUAUGAAUUUUCUCUCUAUUGGUGCUGAUCUGCCAAAGUUGACACCACCAGCGCUAAACCAUCUGUUACAUCAUGAAGAGAACAGCAUAACGUGAUUAUCAUUGUGUUUGUACUUUGUUGUUUAGAGAGAUGUUUUCUCACAUUGUUGAUACUGAAAUAUGUCUGUUUGUUAACACACACACAGUGUAGCCGCUUUUGCUCUCUUAGGGUUGUCAUGUAUUGAACAUAAUAACAGCUUAACAAAUCCUUAGUUAGCCACACAAUUUGAUGUCUUGUAAAAUGAGAGAAAUAAUAAAUUAUUGUUUUGUAUAUGA